GCGCCUUUCGCAGGGCUUCCAACAGCGCUAUGUUGGGACAAAGCAUCCGGAGGUUCACAACCUCUGUGGCCCGUAGGAGCCACUAUGAGGAGGGUCCAGGGAAGAAUAUACCAUUUUCAGUGGAAAACAAGUGGUGGUUACUAGCUAUGAUGACUUUGUACUUUGGGUCUGGAUUUGCUGCACCUUUCUAUAUAGUAAGACACCAACUGCUUAAAAAAUAAUCCAUGAGACAGAUACAAAGAGGAACAUUUUAAGAUGUGCAGUCUCUUUGAAAAAAGGAUCAAACUCUUGAACUCAGCAUCCUAGAUAUGUUUGUAAAUAAACAUAGCAUAAAUC